GAGUCCAGAGCAGCUGUCAGGCUGAAGUCCGGCGAGCUACGCGCAGCAGGGCGGCUGGAGGAAGCGCGGCGCCGGGCCGGGCCCUGGAGAUGGUCCCCGGCGCCGCGGGCUGGUGUUGUCUCGUGCUCUGGCUCCCCGCGUGCGUCGCGGCCCACGGCUUACGCAUCCAUGAUUAUUUGUACUUUCAAGUGCUGAGUCCUGGGGACAUUCGAUACAUCUUUACUGCCACGCCUGCCAAGGACUUUGGUGGUAUCUUUCACACAAGGUAUGAGCAGAUUCACCUUGUCCCUGCUGAACCUUCAGAGGCCUGCGGGGAACUCAGCAACGGUUUCUUCAUCCAGGACCAGAUCGCUCUGGUGGAGAGGGGGGGCUGCUCCUUCCUCUCCAAGACCCGGGUGGUGCAGGAGCACGGUGGGCGGGCAGUGAUCAUCUCUGACAACGCAGUUGACAAUGACAGCUUCUACGUGGAGAUGAUCCAAGACAGUACCCAGCGCACAGCUGACAUCCCCGCCCUCUUCCUGCUUGGCCGAGAUGGCUACAUGAUCCGCCGCUCCCUGGAACAGCAUGGGCUGCCAUGGGCCAUCAUUUCCAUCCCAGUCAAUGUCACCAGCAUCCCCACCUUUGAGCUGCUGCAACCACCCUGGACCUUCUGGUAGAAGAGUUGGUCCCACAUUCCAGCCAUAAGCAACUCUGGGCUGGGAAGGGGAAAAUCCAGGAAUUCUGCUGUUUGGGACUUGGGGAUAGCAUUUGGGGACUGGGGGAGCCAGGCAGAGGAAAAGGGCUUGGGCCUUGGCUAAGUUAAAGGAAGACACACCACUGGCCUUCCCCCCCCGGGCUCCUAAGGUGUCUCAUGCUAUGGGAAGAGGCAAGACCCAGGCCCCAGGUCUUAUGGGCUAGGGUCUGGAACUAAAGGGGCCAACAGCAGGUGGUCUGAGAGCCAUCUGAGACCUGUCACAUCCCACCUGGCUUCAGCCUCCCCACCCAGGGUCUUUCACAGCAGUUGCUGGAAUGGUAUAAGGAGCUGGUGUUUGAGGACUACAUAAUAAACCCUCACUGACUUUUUAGCAAUAAAGCCUCUCAUCAGGGUUGUAA